AUGGGUCAGAAUCAAAAAACACCACAGCAGCACAACUCCACACUCUACAUUUCCCCUAUGCUCAAUCGAAGAAAGGAGAUUUUCAAAACACCACCCAAUCCAGCUUCCAAACAACCCAAACUUUUUGAAUCGCCAAGCUCUUCCAAUAAAUCGCUGUUUUUCAACUUGGACAGAUCGUCUCACAACCUCACAGUGCAAAGCAAGAGUGAUGAUUCAUUACCCGGUAUGUCUGAUGUAUUGACACCAAUUGAUCGGUUGCGAUUAUGGAGACACGACGCAAUCACACAGCAUCAGUAUAACACUGCGGAAUUUCUAAGUGACAAGAUUUUGGAUAUAACACAUGAUUCGAAUGAUGCAUUUUGGCUAGCACAAGUGUAUUUCAACCAGGGGAAUUAUCUACGAUGUAAAGAUUUGGUGUUGUGCAAUGACGAGUUUGCUAAAAGUAUAAUCUGCCGUUACUUGGCGGGCUAUAGUUUGAUAAAGUUGGAAUUGUGGGAUGAAGCCUUGGAUGUGAUUGGUGAAACUAAUCCGUUUGAUAAAGACGACCGAUUGAAGAACGACGAUGGAGGAGUCAAGUUGGAAGCAUCAAUGUGCUAUUUACGAGGGUUAGUUUACAGUGCUCAAAGUAACUUUGAGAAAGCCAAAGAAUGCUUCAAGGAAGCUUUGAGGGUCGAUGUUAAAUGCUAUGAGGCUUUCAAUGAACUAAUUUCCAAUAGUCUCAUGACUCCGAAUGAGGAAUGGGAAUUUGUCACUAAUGAGUUGAAUUAUCACGAAAUUGAUAGCAAUGAUGAUCUAAUUAGGUUGUUGUACACCACCAAAUUGAGCAAGUAUUUGAACCAAGACAAGUUCAACGAAGCUGAGCAUGUUCUCAGAGAAGAAUACGACUUGAAUGAUAACUGUGACUUGCUAUUGAGUCAAGCUGAUCAAUUAUAUGUUCAAAGUAAUUUCGAUGCUUGUUUGAAUCUUUGUGAAAAGAUCUUAGAGAAGGAUCAAUACAAUUUCGAUGUAUUGCCCAAUUACCUUAGUUGCUUGUACGAGUUGGGUGGCAGAAACAAACUAUUCUACAAAAGCCAUCAGCUAGCAGAAUUCCAUCCGUCCAACCCCAUGACCUGGCUAGCCAUAGGGACGUAUUAUCUCUCGAUCAACAAAAUCAGCGAAGCAAGGAAAUACUUUAGUAAGGCAACUAUCCUAAACCCCAAUUUUGGACAAGCUUGGAUUGGAUUUGCGCAUACGUUUGCUGCAGAAGGAGAAUAUGAACUGGCGAUCAAUGCUUACGCUUAUGCGGCGCGUUUAUUCCCUGGUAGUCACCUACCCAUGUUGUUUCUUGGAAGUACGAAUGUGAAAUUGGGGAACCUAAAUCUAGCCGAGGAGUACCUCAAGAAUGCCUAUCAUUUUAAUCAACACUGCGAGCUCACACUUAACGAGUUGGGGGUUCUUUAUUUCCACAAAAACAACCUCAUCUCGGCUGAAUCGUAUCUAACUGCUGCAUUGAAAAUAGCCAAUCGCAGUUCCAGGACUUGGGUAUCGAUAAUGACGAAUUUAGGCCACGUUUUGAGAAAACAGGGGAAAUUGCUACGUGCGCUUUCCAUUUUCCAUGAAAUUUAUGGUAAUGACGCAAACAUUGCGUCCACUAUAGGACUUAUACAUAUGAAGCUUGGUGAGUUUGCUGAAGCGAUUGAAAACUUGCACAAUGCGCUUGCUAUUGAGCCGACCAAUCAAAUAGCCAAGGAUUUGUUGGAUAGAGCCUUGAAAGAAGCUAUAGCAUCGGAACAUGUCAACUACUUUGGGUAUGGUAUCUACAAUGAUCUCAAAACACGGCUACCGUACUACAAGUCCGAUUUUAAAGACGCCUGGAACUAUCGAGUGAUUCCGUCAACGCUAUCGAUAUUCUUUUCCAACUUACUUCCAGCUAUCGCUUUUGCCCAAGAUAUGUUUGACAAGACUGAUAACGCCUACGGUGUGAAUGAAGUAUUGAUGUCGAGUGCGAUAGCAGGUGUUGUCUUUGGGUUGCUCUCAGGUCAACCCUUGUGUAUCGUUGGUGUUACUGGACCGAUAUCUAUCUUCAGCUACACGGUGUAUGAGCUAAUGACACCACGAGGGACCCCAUAUUUCCCAUUCAUGUGUUGGGUAUACUUGUGGUCAAUGGUGUUCCAUAUUCUUAUUGCUGUUGGUAAUUACAUUUCAUUCAUGCAGAUUAUCAGUUUGUAUUCAUGUGAUAUCUUUGGCUUUUUUAUCAAUAUUGUUUAUAUACAAAAGGGUAUUCAAAUUUUGUCCAAUCAGUUCAAGGAGGUUGACUUGGCCAGCGGGUAUGCCUCAAUUAUGAUUGCGUUGUGUAUGUUGAUAUGUGGCGUUGGCUCAGCAGUCUUGGGUAACUAUCUACACUAUUUUAAACCUUGGGUUAGAAAAAUCUUUGUUGACUAUGGGGUUGUUGCGUCUGUGAUUUUCUUUACUGGGUUCAUUCACUUUGGUGGUAGAUUGGAUGAUACUACAUUUGCAAGAUUGCCCAUAACAAAGUCGUUCCAACCAACAGCAUCUGGAGAUCGUCGUCCUCAUGGGUGGUUUAUUCAUUUCUGGCCAGGAGAAAACAUUGAAGUUGGUGAUGUAUUUCUUGCUAUUCCCUUUGCCAUAUUGUUGACGUUUUUGUUCUAUUUUGAUCACAAUGUCAGUUCAUUAAUGUGCCAAUCAAAGGAGUAUCCUUUAACCAAACCAGCUGCUUUCCAUUGGGAUUUCUUAUUAUUGGGUAUAACUACUGGGGUAGCUGGUCUUUUGGGUCUUCCACCACCAAAUGGACUUAUUCCCCAAGCUCCCCUACAUACGGAUUCCUUGGUGGUUUAUGAUAAGUACGGCAAGAAAUUGUCAGUUGUUGAACAAAGAGUUACAAAUACUUUACAGGGCGCCAUGACAUUUGUAAUGAUGACGCGACCAUUUCUUAUAUUGCUUGGACUCGUCCCGCAAGCUGUGUUGUCUGGUUUAUUCUUUAUUAUGGCGGUGACUGGUCUACAUGGAAAUAUUGUGACGAAUCGAGUCCGGUACUUUUUUUUGGAUAGGGAGUACAUUGAAAAAGACCCGACUUGUCCUCAAGUAUGGAAAGAUAUUCAUGCGUUGCCUAAUAAGAAGUGGUUUUAUGUGUAUACGGUAUUGGAGGUGAUUGGCGGUGUUGGUGAAUUUGUCAUUACCUUAACAAUCGCAGCUGUUGGGUUUCCUGGAGUGUUGCUUGCUCUUGCGUUUUGUGCCAAGUGGGUAUGGCCGUUGAUUAUACCAAGAGAAGAUUUGGAUCGUUUGGAUGGUGAAGUUGCUGAUGAGUUUAUAUUGAAGAACUUCACCGUGGCUUCUGAUGAAAAAAAGAGGCGAAAGAGGAUGAAGUCGGGCGACGAGGAGAACAAAUAUGAAGGUGAGACUGAAGUUGGAAUUGGCUUAUCAACAACAAUCAAGUUAUUACGCCAAGGAGCAAAAGUAGUUGUUGGUGAUUUGGCGCAUGAGACAGACAUUGAUUCCAUAAUUGACAGAAUCAAUACCCAAUUGGCUCCGGGGUCUCCAGUUCAUCAGAAUUUGCGAUUUCUUCGAACGGAUAUCGGGGAGUGGCUGGAUAAUGUUAGUCUUGUUGAUUUUGCUUUGGAUGAGUACAAGGGUAUUGAUUUGGUUGUUGCCAAUGCUGCAACGUUGCCGACAUGUAAGGCAAGUUCAGCUCAACUUGACGCCCUUCCCAAGAUUGAAGAGUUUAAUAAAACGGUCAAUGUAAAUCUUGGAGGGACAUUUGGGUUAAAUACAUUGUGUGUAAAUUACUGGAAAGAGUUCAACCGACCAGGUAACAUUGUCAAUGUUGGUUCAAUAUUUGGUCAUAGAGUACUUGAUCCAAGUUUGAUUGGUUUGAGUUGUUCCAAAAUCGGCAUUUCUGCAUUGACAAGGUCUUUGGCCAAGGAGUUUGCACCAUUAGGUAUAAGAGUGAAUGAAGUAUGUCCCGGUUUUGUAAACACGCCGUUAUUGGAAGCAGCUUCAAAAUUGAGACACGAUCAAUUUAACAACCCUAUUGAGGCUCGUAUCCCCAUUAGGAAGAUUGGUGAUGGUGAUGAUAUUGCUAGUGCAAUUUGUUAUUUGUUAAGUGACAAAGCUCAAAUACUACACUCGUUGGAACACGACUUCAUAGCUGAUUUAUCACAACAUCUAUACUCAUCAUUUCUUCUACGUCGAAUCAACCCCAAUUUCCCACUACCGCGAUGGUCCAAAUGGCCAAAACAGUUUGACAAAGUACCAGUACCAAGUCAAAAGUAUGAAGAUGACUUGAUUGAUGCGAAUGAACUCAAGUACGAGCAUGAUAUUGAUGUAGAUCAAUCGGUGUUUCAGAUGGAUAGGACUUGGCAGGUGGAUGUAGCUAAGAAUGAGUCAAAAUCGAAACUGAGGAAACGGAAAAGGAGAAACGGGGAAUCAACUACUAGUAAGAAGAAACAUUUACAGGAGAAGGAAGCGGUGGCUAAACCUGGAGGUAAUUUGAUUGGUCUGAGUGAUGUUAGUGACAAUGAUAAUUCUAUCGAGGUCGGUGAUGACAAUGACUCCGCCAAAGACACCAAAGACGAUAGUAGUGGCAGUUCUGAUGAUGACGAUGCACCUGAAUACGACACGCAACAACUACUUGAUCCUCGGAACAAGAUUGUUGAAGUUACAUACACGGAACGGGUCCCCCUGGCCAAAAUCUGUCUAAUGAAUGCAAUUGGUUCGAGACUUGCAUCCAAAAUUAGAGCCAAAAUUACACAACUUAAGCAGUCGGGCGAAAUUGACUCGUCACUUGAAAUAUCCUCUGACUCAUUAUUAUUAAUGUCGGGAAAUAAGGCCAUUGUCAGUCACGUUGCCAACCGAUUCAAUUCAAUGUUGGAUACUAUAUUCGAUACGUUCUUAUUAAAGGACUACCCGUUGAAUUGGCGUCACGUUCUUUUAGCUGGAAUGAUUAACGACCGCAAGAAGCAUCAGUUUAGCCCAAAGAUGUACACAAAACUCAUGUACAAGUGUGAAGAUCUUUUUGAUAACGUGGAUAACGUUUAUGAGUUUGAGGAUGCGCGAGCGAGGGAGGAAGCGGAAGAAAGGGGCGUGAUUACAGAAAGUGGUGGGUUCAAUGUGGUGAAGUAUUUGGAAUCGUUGCGAGAUGAGCAUGUGGGGCCAGGACAAAAGGAUUAUGCCACAUUGGCAAAGGACUAUCUUUGUGAUUUGAAUAAAGAUAUAAACUUUGAAGCUCGGUUGAAACAAAACAUGUUGAAUAUGAUACGAGGGGAUGAGAAUUAUGGGAAUCUAAAGAAACGGAGACGCCAAACAAGCGAGGCAGAUGGAGUAGAGAGUGAAGAGGAAGAAGAAGAGGAAGAGGAAGAAGAAGAGGAAGAGGAAGAAGAAGAGGAAGAGGAAGAAGAAGAAGAAGAAGAGGAAGAAGAAGAAGAAGAGGAAGAAGAAGAAGAAGAGGAAGAAGAAGAAGAAGAAGAAGAAUAUUAUGAUGGUGGUAGAAAUCCACAAGACGAACCAAAUGAAAGAAAUGAAAAAUAUGAAUCCAACUUGACGCAACGGCAUCGUGAUCUACUUCUACAACAAAAGGAGUUGCAAGAUUCUUAUACGAUCAAUAUAUAA